AUGGCCGCUUCUUCUCGCCUCCCACCCGCCCUCCACCUUCUCCCAUUCCUUCUGCUUUCCACCCUCCUCCCUUCAUGGGCAUUGCAGAAUCCCCCAACCCCAACCCCGACGGGAGUCUCCACUCGGGAGCUCCUGGAAGCAGCUCGGGAGCCGGAGUUCUUCGACUGGAUGAGGAGAAUUCGGCGAAGAAUCCACCAGCACCCGGAGCUCGCGUUCGAGGAGUUCCAGACCAGCGAGCUGAUCCGGUCGGAGCUCGAUGCCCUUGGGAUUGACUACUCCUGGCCGGUCGCCAAGACUGGAGUUGUGGCUUCGGUUGGGGCCGGUGAGGGUCCUAUCUUCGCUCUCAGAGCAGACAUGGAUGCCCUACCGUUGCAGGAGUUGGUAGACUUGGAGUACAAGAGCAAGCAUAGUGGAAAAAUGCAUGCUUGUGGUCAUGAUGCUCAUGUAACAAUGCUCCUAGGGGCAGCUAAGUUGCUUCAACAUCAUAAGCAUGAAUUAAAGGGCACUGUGAAGCUUGUUUUCCAACCAGGAGAAGAGGGUCAUGCCGGUGCUUAUCAUAUAUUGCAAGAGGGUGCCCUUAAGGAUGUUCAAGCCAUCUUUGGCAUACAUGUUGAUGGUAGUGUUGCAACUGGUGCUAUCACUUCUAGACCUGGACCUCUUCUUGCAGCCUCUGGUCGUUUUGUGGCAACCAUGAAGGGAGAAGGUGGGCAUGCAGCAUCCCCUCACAAAACCAUAGAUCCAAUUCUUCCUAUGUCAUUUGCAAUCCUCAGCCUCCAACAGAUUGUAUCUCGGGAAUCAGAUCCUCUUGAUAGCAGAGUUUUAUCAGUUGGGUUUAUCGAGGCAGGAGAAGCACACAAUGUUAUCCCAGAGUAUGUGACAUUUGGUGGCACUUUUAGGAGCAUGACAACAGAAGGUCAUGGCUCUCUCAAACAAAGAAUUAAAGAGGUUAUAGAGAUGCAAGCUGCAGUUCACCGUUGCACUGCCACAGUAGAUUUCAUGGAGGAGAAGUAUAUACCAUAUCCUGCAACUGUCAAUGAUGAUGGGAUGUACACCCAUGCAAAGAGGGUUGCAGAGGACCUUGUUGGGGAAGCCAACUUCCACAAGUGCUCACUAAACAUGGGUGCAGAAGACUUCAGCUUCUAUUCAGAAAGGAUGCCAAGUGCUUUCUUCAUGCUUGGAGUCAGAAAUGAAACUCUGGGGCCAGCCUAUCCAUUGCAUUCUCCCCACUUCUUUCUUGAUGAGCAGGCGCUUCCCAUUGGAGCUGCUCUGCAUGCUGCUGUUGCUAUGGCUUACUUGGACCAUCAUUCCACACAGUCGUAAAGUUUAGUAGUUCCGGUGCUCAUCAAGAAUAUAGUUUUUCAGAUGUGGCAAGCUAAGCAAGCUGUUAUUUCUCUGCGGAAGGACACAACCAGGCAAGAUGGCUUCCCGAUGUUUAUUUAUCAGAGGUUGGGGAUUUGCUGAAACUGUAAUUGCAUGUAUUUUAUUUUGUUCUGCACCUGAGUAUAUUAAGAGAUUUAAUUGCGCUUGAAUCAUGUGGGUUCCAAAAGUUGAAGAUUCUUCUAAAGUUGGUGACUUUGCCCUAUCAGCCUGUUGAGCUUGUUUAUAAAGUUGCUUCCAAAUUGCUGGGAGGCUCAGAGUGACGAUUGCAAUUAUCACAUUUAAUGGACAUUAUACUUUGUCUCAGGCAAAAAAUUUGGAUUGGUUUCCCACUGCUCAAAAAAGUUUGUGAUGGUAAAAGCCUGGGUGGAGCAUUGGGUGAUUAUGUUAAAGCUGGGUUCAAGAAGGCUUCUCACAUGGUUCGGUGGGAUCUUUUGAUGCAAGUGCUUAAUGCUAGAAGCUUUGACCAGGAGUAUUUUUUUUUGGUAGAAAACAAGGAGUAUUUAUAGGAUCCAAGCUUUGUUAUGUGCUGCUAAGUCUUCCUUAUGAUUAAUUUUUGCCUUGGCAAAUUGUCAUUGCAAGGGGAAACUCUAGCAGGAACCUGUUAAUCUCUCUGCAUGUUUAAUUUUAGCAACCUUCUGCUUAAAGAAAGAAAGAACAGAAUCUUAUCACAGGCUGAGGACAGGUGAGAGACUGAAAUUUCAACUUUUAGACAACACCUUGCUUUU